CACAAGACAUAUAUCUUCGUCUAUACUCAACUCUCCUUUUUCUCCUUUGAGAUUUUAAUUAGUUACUGCUUUUCAAAGAGUUUAUAGGAAAAUAAGGGCAAAGAUGGAUGACUACAAAUAUGGAAGCCAGAUGAUUCAAACUGCUAGAAAACCAAAUAUUUACAAUGAAUUAAUAAAGAAAACUUUGCAGUUUUUAGUCCUAGUAUCUUUCAUAUCCUUUCUUCUUUCUUACACUUAUGGUUUCUCCUUCUUUUACACUUAUAAUUUUCAGUUUUCAGCUCUUGUUUUGCCACUGUUUGCACAUGUCUUUGAUAGGAAAUACAUGUUCCUACUUUGUAAUGCUAUUCUUGCAUUUCUUGCCAAGAACUUGAGUUGCACCUCUUCUACUUCUCCUGAUGAAGAACAAGAAGAUGUAUUAAUCAAAGGUAAGGAAGAAGCAAAAGAGAAUGAAGAAGAAGUUGGAGUAGUAGAAGAAAUAGCAUGUUUAUCAGAGGAAGAAGAAGGAGGAGGAGGAGGAAAUGAAGUAAACAUGAGCACAGAAGAACUCAAUAAGAAGAUUGAAGAAUUCAUAAGGAAGAUGAAAGAAGAAAUUAGGACUGAAUCUACGCAUCCAAGGGUGUAGUCGCUGAAAGGUAAUAAAAACGGCAACGAUUUCUUUUAUCAGCCUAAGUCUUGGGCGCAAAAAAAUUCUAUUUUGUGCUCCAAUAAAAAAAAAGGAUAGGAGAUACUCAAUAAAAUAAUUGAAAUGUGCAUAAAUUAAUCAAAUAACGUGGUUUAAAAAAAAAAAAAAGAAUAGGCAUGAAGCUCAAGAAAGUGCAUAAAUUAGUCUUCCUUUGUAUUUCUUCUGUCUUUUUCCUUAAUUGCAUAAGUCUCUUUUUUCUCCCUUAAUGUAUAAUCCAUAAUUGGUUAUUUUUCUAGAAGUCAUGUUGUUAGCUUUCAAAUAUUUAUUUUAGUUGGAUAAUGUUUGAUUCCUUA